AUGUCGAAAGCCUUCGAUAAGGUGAGCCACACACGUCUUCUCCUUCGUCUUCGUGAUUUCGGAUUUAGUGGUAACAUCCUCAAAUGGUUCCAAUCAUACUUGCAAGAUCGUAGACAACAAACGACAAUCCUUGGAGCAACAUCAUCUCCUACACCAGUAACUUCAGGAGUACCUCAAGGCUCAAUUCUUGGUCCACUACUGUUCUUGUUAUACGAAAACGACCUACCUUCCAGUAUCGUGAGUUCUUCUAUCGCAACUUAUGCUGAUGACACCAAGUUAUUUAAAGAGAUAAACUGCCUUGAUGAUGCUACAGCGUUGCAGGAUGACCUAUUAAACUUUGAAACCAGUUCCUCGAAUGCUGGUCUUCAAUUAAACACUUCGAAGU